AUGGGCCGGCGAGUUUCCGAUGGGGUCCCGAGAGGCCGACGAGAUCUUCAGGAGAAGCUCCAAUUGAUCAUUGAUCGGAAAAACGCACAUCCAAACGCUGGCAAGGCCCCCAGGAUCCCACGGUGGCGUUGCCUGUGGCAGCUGGGAUUUCUGGAGCCUGGGUCCCAGGUAUCAGGGGUCCCGCUGCCCCCCUCCUUCCCUCCAGCCGGCCCCUCCCAGCCGGGCCUGUCCGCCUCAGGUCCCAGGUAUCAGGGGUCCCGCUGUCCCCCUCCUCAGGUCCCAGUCCCCACUACGGCCCCCCUCAGCCUCCUGCACCCACCCCCAGAGGAGCCACUCAGCUCAGCUGUGCACAGAGCAGGCAAUCCCAUGGGGGCUCCCCCACCGCCAUUCAAGCCCAGGACACAUGGGAGGGUUCCAGAGCCUCUGCACCAUCGGCUGGCCCAGGCCGCCUCCCUGCAGCCCCAGGCCAUAGCCUCCAACCGGUCUCAGCAGGAAGAAGCCAGGACUCUGUCUUUGGGGCCGUCCCUGAGAGCCCUGGCCCCACCAUGCACCCCGCUAUGCCCCCCGGCCCUGCCACAUACCCUGCUACGACCCCCUGGCCCCACCACGCACCCUGCUUUGCACCCCCUGCCCCGUCAUGCACCCCACCAUGCACCCCAGCCCACGGAUUUUCGGAUUUUUGUCCCCGAAGGGCAGCCACACCCAGGACUCAGGACCUUCAGUCUGAACACCACAGCGAGGGUGCCGGGGGAGGAAGGCGGGCAGCCUGAGCAUCCUGUCCCAGGGCUGGACAAGAACGGGGAGCAGGUGUCCAGCCCAUGCCAAGUCACCACUACUGGGCCAGAGCUCGGGGUGAGGGGCGGCACCAGGGCCCCGCUGGCCUGUUCAUCUGAGGACCACGGCAGCCGGGAACCAUCGGAGGAGCAGCCGCCUUUGUACCCAGCCAGUGAGGAGAGGGAGUGUGGUGCAGGGAUGGGCACCAGGAGCCAGUGCUGGGCCCUGGCCUGGGCCCUGGCGGCCCUGCUCUCGGCACAGCAGGCAGAGACCCAGGGCACUGAGGAGCCCAGCUGGACCAGAAGGGAGGCCGCCAAGGGUGGUCAGACGGUGAAAAGCGCCCAGUCCAUGCCCUCACCCACCCGGCGCUUGACCUUCGUCCCACCCAUCACCGUGUCUCCCAGCAUAAACCCCCUGAACCCGGCGCACAACGGGCGAGUCUGCAGCACGUGGGGCGACUUCCACUACAAGACCUUUGACGGCGACAUUUUCCGCUUCCCCGGCCUCUGUAACUACGUCUUGGCGUCGCACUGCCGCACCGCCUACGAGGGCUUCAACAUCCAGGUGCGUCGUGAGCUGGCGGGCACCAGGCCCACUAUCAGCCGCAUCAUCCUCAAGGUGGAGGGGAUGGUGCUGGAGGUGGCCAACGGCUCAGUGCUUGUCGACGGGCAGAGGAAGGAGCUGCCGUACAGCCGCGCUGGGUUCCUGGUGGAGCACACCAGCAGCUACAUCAAGAUCAGCGUCCGCAUGGUCCUGACCUUCCUCUGGAACGGAGAGGACAGUGCCCUGCUGGAGCUGGACCCCAAGUACGCCAACCAGACAUGUGGCCUGUGCGGGGACUUCAACGGCCUCCCUGUUGCCAAUGAGUUCUACGCCCACAACGUCAGGCUGACAGCUCUCCAGUUCGGGAACCUGCAGAAGCUGGAUGGGCCCACAGAGCAAUGCCAGGACCCACUGCCCACCCUGGCUGACAACUGCACGGAUGCUGGGGAUGUGUGCAGCCGCACCCUGCUCGGCCCAGCCUUCACCCAGUGCAACGAGCUGGUGGACCCUGACCCGUAUGUGGCCUCCUGCGCCCAAGACCUGUGCCGCUGCCCCAGCUGCCCGUGUGCCACCUUUGCCGAGUACUCCCGCCAGUGCGCCCACGCGGGAGGCCAGCCACAGAACUGGAGGGGCCCCGACCUCUGCUCCCAGAAGUGCCCGGUGGGCAUGCAGCACCAGGAGUGUGGCUCGCCCUGUGCCAACACCUGCUCCAACCCUGAGCGCGCCCAGCUCUGUGAGGACCACUGCGAGGACGGCUGCUUCUGUCCCCCAGGCAGCACGGUGCUGGAUGACGUCACCCACUCAGGCUGCGUGCCCCUGCAGCAGUGCCCCUGCACCUACGGUGGUCGCACCUACGCCCCGGGGGCUGCCUUUGCCACCAGCUGCAGCUCCUGUACCUGCUCCGGGGGACGGUGGCAGUGCAAGGACCUCCCGUGCCCGGGCACCUGCUCUGUGCAGGGGGGUGCCCACAUCUCCACAUAUGAUGAGAAGCUCUAUGACCUGCAUGGGGACUGCAGCUACAUCUUGUCCAAGAGUUUUGCUAACAGCACCUUCACUGUGCUGGCCGAGCUGCGGAGGUGUGGCAUGACAGACACCGAGAGCUGCCUCAAGUCGGUGACCCUCAGCCUGCAGGGCGGGGACAUGGCCAUCCGGAUUCAGGCCAAUGGCGCGGUGUUCAUGAACUCCAUCUACACCCAGCUGCCAGUGUCAACAGCCGACUUGAAGGCCUUCAGACCCUCUUCCUUCUUCGUCCUGGUGCAGACGGGGCUCGGCCUGCAGCUGCAGGUACAGCUGGUGCCCCUCAUGCAGGUCUACCUCCAGCUGGACCCGGCCCACCGCGGCCAGACAUGCGGCCUGUGUGGGAAUUUCAACCAGAACCAGGCAGACGACUUCACAGCCCUCAGCGGGGUGGUGGAGGGCACGGGUGCGGCCUUCGCCAACACCUGGAAGACCCAGGCCGCCUGCCCCAAUGCCAAGAACAGCUUCGAGGACCCCUGCUCCCUCAGCGUGGAGAAUGAGAAAUACGCCCAGCACUGGUGCGCCCUGCUGACCGACCCCGCUGGGUUCUUCGCCCCCUGCCAUUCCACUGUCAACCCUGCACCUUUCCACACGAACUGCAUGUUCGACACGUGCAACUGUGAGAAGAGUGAGGACUGCCUGUGUGCGGCCCUGUCGGCCUACGUGCACACCUGCGCCGCCAAGGGCGUGCUGCUGCGCGGCUGGAGGGACGGCGUCUGUGCCAAGUACAUGACCAGCUGCCCCAAGUCGCAGAGCUAUGAGUACGUGGUGGACGCCUGCCAGCCCACCUGCCGCGCCCUCAGUGAGGCUGAUGUCACCUGCGGUGUCUCCUUCGUGCCCGUGGACGGCUGUACCUGCCCGGUGGGCACCUACCUGGACGAGGCUGGCGCGUGCGUGCCUGCCGAGGCGUGUCCCUGCUACCUGCACAGCACCAUGGUGGCCCCGGGCGAGGUCUUGCAUGACAACGGCGUGGUGUGCUCGUGCACUGGGGGGAAGCUGAGCUGCCUCGGAGCCCCGGAGCAGAGGAGCACGGGGUGCGUGGCCCCCAUGGUGUAUGUGGACUGCAGCAAUGCCUCGGUGGGGUCCCUCGGGGCUGAGUGCCUUCGGAGCUGCCACACGCUCGAUGUGGACUGUUACAGCACCCACUGUGUCUCCGGUUGUGUCUGUCCCCCGGGGCUGGUGUCAGACGGCAGCGGGGGGUGCGUGGCCGAGGAGGACUGCCCCUGUGUGCACAAUGAGGCCACCUACCAGCCCGGGGACACCAUCAGGGUCGACUGCAACACCUGCACAUGCCGGCGCCGGCGGUGGGAGUGUACCGACCAGCCCUGCCUGGGCACCUGUGUGGCUUACGGGGACGGGCACUUCAUCACCUUCGAUGGUGAGCGGUACAGCUUUGAAGGCAGCUGCGAGUACAUGCUGGCCCAGGACUACUGCGGGGCCACCACCACCGCCAAUGGAACCUUCCGGAUCAUCACCGAGAACAUCCCCUGUGGGACCACUGGCGUCACCUGCUCCAAGGCCAUCAAAGUCUUCCUGGAGAGCUACGAACUGAUCCUCACCGAGGGGCACAUGAAGGUGGUGGAGAGGGGGCCUGGUGGAGACCCAGCCUACAAGAUCCGCUACAUGGGCAUCUACCUGGUCAUCGAGACCCGAGGUGGGCUGGUCGUGUCGUGGGACCGGAAGACCAGCGUGUUCAUCAGGCUGCACCAGGGCUACAAGGGGAAAGUGUGUGGGCUGUGCGGCAACUUCGACAGCAACGCCGUCAACGACUUCACCACGCGGAGCCAGUCCGUGGUGGGCGACGUGCUGGAGUUCGGCAACAGCUGGAAGUUCUCACCGUCCUGCCCGGACGCCCUCGCCCCCAGGGACCCUUGCACCGCCAACCCGUACCGCAAGUCCUGGGCCCAGAAGCAGUGCAGCAUCCUCCACGGCGCCACGUUCGCCGCAUGCCGGUCUCAGGUCGACCCCACCAAGUACUACGAGGCCUGCGUGAGCGACGCGUGCGCCUGCGACUCGGGCGGCGACUGCGAGUGCUUCUGUACGGCCGUGGCCGCCUACGCGCAGGCCUGCCACGACGCGGGCGUGUGCGUGUCCUGGCGCAGCCCUGACGUCUGCCCCUUAUUCUGCGACUACUACAACCCCCACGGGGAGUGUGAGUGGCACUACCAGCCGUGCGGGGUCCCCUGCAUGCGGACCUGCCGGAACCCCAGCGGGCGCUGCCUCCUUGACCUGCCCGGCCUGGAAGGCUGCUAUCCCAAGUGCCCGCCCAGCAAGCCAUUCUUCAGUGAGGACCAGAUGAAGUGCGUAGCCCAGUGCGGCUGCUACGACGAAGACGAGAACUACUACGAGGUCAGCGCGAAGGUGGCCACCACCGAGAACUGCCAGAGCUGUAUCUGCACAACGCGUGGCAUCCAGUGCGAGCACAUCCUCGAGGCCUGCACGUGCACCUACGAGGGCAGGACGUACGGCUACCUGGAAGUGAUCUAUAACACCACCGACGGGCUGGGCGCCUGCCUGGUCGCCGUCUGCGGGGACAACGGGACCAUACACCGGGCGACCGUGGAGUGUCCUGGAACCACGCCCACGACGCCGUUCACCUUCACCACCACGGUGGCGCCGCAGUCCACAGCAAUGCCCACACCCUCGGCGACUCCCACCGUGUGUGUGCGGGAGGCCUGCACCUGGUCCAGCUGGUAUGAUGGCAGCCAUCCAGAGCCUGGGAUGGGAGGAGGCGACUUUGAAACAUUUGUGGAACUGAGGCAGAGGGGGUACCAGGUGUGCAGAGCACCGGCGGACAUUGAGUGCAGGGCGGAGGCCUUCCCCAACACGUCCCUGGAGGAGCUGGGCCAGAGGGUCGACUGUAACCUCGCCAGGGGGCUGACAUGUCUCAACCGUGAGCAGAGCCCCCCUCUCUGCCACAACUACAAGCUGCGGGUCCUGUGCUGUGUACUUGAGCCCUGCAGCACCCCCCCAGACCUGCACACCAGCCCCCGGCCGUCUGCCAGUGUCACCACUCAGCCCGGAUCCACCACAGAGACCCCCGUGCCUACCCCCAGGACAGAAACACUUUCCCCCAAGUCCUUGCCCACCUCGACCCAGAUCAUCUCCACAAGAGAAACCACCCUGCAGUCAACCCCAAACUCCAAGUCCACCACAGCACUGACCUUGCAAACUCAAUCGACCUCAGCCACCAUAACCACAACCCAGUUGGUCACAAGCUCUGAGUCCCCAGCUGCCACCACCUGUCAGCCCAGGUGCCAGUGGACAGAGUGGUUUGAUAAGGACUACCCCAAGUCUGAGGAGGCCGGGGGUGAUGUCGAGUCCUACGAUAAGAUCCGCAGAGCAGGAGGGGACAUAUGUGAGCAGCCACAGGACAUAGAAUGCCAGGCCGAGAGCUACCCUAACAAGACGCUCCAGCAGGUGGGCCAGAAGGUCCACUGUGACACCAGCUUUGGCCUGGUCUGCAGGAAUGAUGAGCAGAAAGGACCAUUUCAGAUGUGCUACAACUACAGGAUCCGUGUUCUGUGCUGCAGCUACAGCCACUGUGGGGGACACACUACCGCCAUGUCACCCACCUGGACCCCCGUAGCUGGCACCACCACAGCACCGUUCCCCUCAACUGGGCCGACUUCCCAACCCAGCUCCACCAACACACUCGUCACAUCCACUACCAAGAGCACAGGCACAGAGGGUUCCAUAUCUCCCACAGGGUCUCCUACACCCACCAGUCCAAAAGGCUCUACGUUGGUCCCUCCAACUCACACAACCCUGCACGUGACCACAUUGAGCGUCAGCACUUGGGGAACAUCCCAGAUGUCCACGCCAGCAUCAACAGCAAGAUCAAGCCCCACUGUGCUCCCAUCAACGGGAACGUCUCCAGGGGUCCACAGCACCAGCUCCCAGGUGUCACAGCCAACCACGACCACAGCCACCACGGGCCAGGGGACCACCAUCUGCCAGCCCAGGUGCGAGUGGACUGAGUGGUUUGACGUGGACUUCCCCACUUCAGGGGUUUCUGGGGGCGACAUGGAGACAUUAGACAAUAUCCGGGCGGCCGGGGGUAAGCUGUGCCACGCGCCUGAGAGAAUCGAGUGCCGUGCGGAGAACUAUCCCGGGGUGAGCCUGGACCACAUCGGGCAGGUGGUGCACUGUAGCCUGCAGGAGGGGCUGGUCUGCAGGAACGAGGAGCAGCAGGGACCCUUCAACAUGUGCUUCAACUACAACGUGCGUGUGCUCUGCUGCAAUGACUACCAGCACUGCAGGGGCACGACAUCCACGACCGCGGGGCCCAUGGCCACCUCUGCGGCCACAUCCGCCUCCACGGUGGCGGGACCUGAAUCCACCCCCGCACCCAACUCUGCAUCCACCUCCAUGACAACGGGACCUGCAUCCACACUCACCCCCACCACCAUGACGGCGGGGCCCUCGUCCACCGCCAUGGCCACAUCCACCUCCAUGACGGUGGGACCUGCGUCCACCCCUACACCCACCUACAAAACAGCAGGGCCCACGUCUACCCCCACACCCACACCCACACCCACCUCCACAAUGGUGGGGCCCACAUCCACUCCCACCCCCUCAUCCACCACCACCAUCACCACACCCUUUAGAGCACACAUCUUGUCAUCGAGGGUGCCAGGACCCUCAACCUCAGCCACCACACAGACUCGCCCCACCUCGCCUGGCACCACUGAGCGGGUCACUGUCCUGACCACCUAUCAGCCCACCGCUGAGACGCCCACAACCACCGAGACCCCGACAUCCACCACUAAGAUCCCCACAACCACCACUGAGACCCCGACAUCCACCACUAAGAUCCCCACAACCACCGCUGAGACCCCCACAACCACCGCCAGUUCAGCCUCACCCAGCACACCCUCCACACCCGCCCUGACCACCACACCACUCAGCACAACCCAGGGAUCCAGGCCCACUUUGGGGACCACCAUCUCCAGCCCCUCGACACCGGGCCCUCACUCCAGCACCUCGGCCACAUCACCCACCACGGGCUGUGAGCCUCGCUGCACCUGGACGGACUGCACUGGGACCACCCUGACAACUUUGACACCUGAGGCCAGCAGCACCAGGACCGUGUCACCACCCACACCUGGGGUGACCACCACCGUGGCACUGCUGACAUCACGGCUGGGCACCCAGAGCUCCCAAACACCUUCGGGCCUGCCCGUCAGCCUGUCCACAUUCGGCGUGUCCACUUCAUCUACACCUGUCCUCACCACGCUCAGGCCCACGUCCUCACCCAGCUUUACCUCCACCGUCCGCUGCUAUUGCCAGGCAUUCGGCACGCUCUUCUCCCCAGGGGACAUCGUGUACAAUAAAACCGACAGGGCCGGCUGCCACUUCUAUGCCAUUUGCAACCAGCAGUGUGACAUUGACCGCUUCCAGGGCGCCUGCUCCACUACCUCGCCACCUGCCUCCUCUGUGGCGCCGUCCACCACCCCCGUUGCCACGCCCCCACCCUCCCCUGCUCCAGGGUGCAACCACACCAACCCUCCCCGACAGGUGAACGAGACCUGGACCCUGUCGGACUGCACCCGGGCCAGGUGCGAGGGUGACAACCACAUCGUCCUGCUGGAGCCGAAGUCCGUGGCCAACGUGACCUGCGCGAACCAGCACGAGCCGGUCAAAGUGCAGAACCAGAGCAACCCCUGUGACUACCACUAUGAGUGCGAAUGCGUCUGCACCAUCUGGGGCGACUCCCACUACUCCACCUUCGACGGCACCACCUUCUCCUUCCUGGGCAACUGCACCUACGUGCUCCUGCGGGAGAUCCGCCCACGCCUCGGCAACCUGAGCAUCCUCAUUGACUACCAGUACUGCGCGGCCGCUGCCGUGGGUGCCACCCACUGUCCCCGUGCCCUCCUCAUCUACUACCUGUCCAUGGAGAUCAUCCUCACCAUCACUGAACAUGGCAGGGAGACGCAGAGCCUGAUCCUGUUCGACGGUGAACACGUCAGCCAGGGCUUCAGCAAGAAUGGCGUGAGCAUCUCUGAGACAGUGGCUGGCACCAUGGGGGUGGACAUCCCUGCCAUCGGUGCCCACAUCACCUUCAAUGGGAACAUCUUCCAGGCCCGGCUCUCCUACAGUCAAUUCAGACACAACACAGAGGGCCAGUGCGGCACCUGCACCAACAGUCAGGUGGAUGACUGCCGCCGGCCAGAUGGCACCAUGGCGCCUACCUGCAAGGACAUGGCCCACCAUUGGCUGGUCUCCAAUGGCAGCAGGGAGGGCUGCCUGGCGCCGACCAGCCCGCCCCCAAGCACCAGCCCCACCCCACCCGUGACAUCCACUCCAUCCAUCACGCCCUCAUGCCCCCCGGCUCCCCUCUGCAAGCUGAUCCUGAGCUCGGCCUUCGCCAAGUGCCAUAGCCUGGUCCCGCCCAGCCAGUUCUUCAGUGCCUGUGUCAGCGACACCUGCCAGGGAGGCCACCACCGGGCACUCUGUGAGAGCGUGGAGGCCUACGCUGCACUCUGCCGUGCCCGGGGUGUGUGCAGUGACUGGCGCAAUGCCACCAGUGGGCUGUGCGAACUCACCUGCCCACCCACCAAGGUGUACAAGCCGUGUGGUCCUGUACAGCCUGAGACCUGUGACUCCAGGAACCCAAGCCCCCUGCGCCCGGGGCUGGCAGAGGGCUGCUUCUGUCCCGACGGUGAGAUCCUCUUCAAUGCACACACUGGCAUUUGCGUGCCUCAGUGCCCCUGCGUGGGACCAGAUGGAUUCCCCAAAUACCCGGGGGAGAGGUGGCUCAGUAACUGCCAGGUCUGUGAGUGCGAGAAAAACCCAGUGACCGUGCGGUGCCAAGCGGUGCAGUGUGAGUCCCAGGAGAAGCCUCAGGAGUGCGGCCGGGCUGGCUUCGUGAAGGUGACCAAGCCCCGGGCCGAUAACCCGUGCUGUGCCGAGACCCUGUGCGUCUGCAACACGACCACCUGCCCCCAGGACCCACCCAAGUGUGAGCCGCGCCUGGAGCUGACCCGAACCCAGGAGGAGGGCGCCUGCUGCCCCACCUUCAGCUGCCGGCCUCAGCUCUGCACCUACAACGGGAUCUUCUACGGGGUCGGAGCAACCUUCCUGGGGGUCUUGCCCUGCCACACGUGCACCUGCCUGUCCAGGGACACUCAGGCCCCAACUGUGCGGUGCGAGGAGGAUGUCUGCAACACCACCUGCCUCCAGGGCUUUGAGUACAGGCGGGCAGCCGGGGAGUGCUGCGGGAACUGUGUGCCGCUCGCCUGCUUCACGCCCGACGGGCUGCUCGUGCCGUACAACGACACCUGGGUCAACCGCCGCGUGGACAGCUGCAGCGAGUACCGCUGUGAGGACGUGGACGGAUACCCCAUGUUGGUACCGCAGCCCGCGCACUGCCCGGAAGUGUCGACCUGCAGGGGGGUCCUCAGGAAAAGUGGCUGCUGCUAUGCCUGUGAGGAAGUGGAUAAGUGUGAAGUGCGCGUCAACACGACGGUCCUGAGGCAUCGCGACUGCGAGACCGAGGCCGCCGUCAACCUCACCUUCUGUGAGGGCUCCUGCCCCGGGGUGUCCAAGUACUCAGCGGAGGCGCAGGCCUUGGAGCGCCACUGUACCUGUUGUCAGGAGACCAGGACGCACGAGGAGGCGGUGACCUUGCGGUGUCCUGACGGGAGGCGGAUCCAGCACACCUACAUCCACGUUGAUGCGUGCGGCUGCGGGCCGUCCUGCGUUCCCACGCUUGAGCCCACGGCUCCCGCGGACAGCUCCGCCCUCUCAUAG